AUGGCUGCUACAAUCCCUCGCUCCCGCUGUCUGAACGGCCAUCCAUGGUCAUCUCCAUUCAAGGUCUUUCUUCCUUCGACCUCGACGUCAGCGUCAACCACCUCACGGACGUUGGCCACCACGACCGAUGACCUCCCCACCAGUCAACGUCGAGUGCGUGCGACCACCUUCGCCGACAAGCUCAAUGCUGGCCCGUCCUUCUCAGAUUUUGUGUCGGGGAAAGAACCGCCCUUGGAACCUUCGGAAGCUUACGCCUUGAAGACUGCGCUUGUGGGACCCAAGGGCAAGCAGAAACAAAUCACCCGGUUGCCUUCAUGGCUGAAGACGCCGAUUCCCGACAGCUCCUCCUACAAGAAGAUUAAAAAUGACCUGCGCGGGUUGAAUCUACACACGGUGUGCGAAGAGGCUCGAUGUCCCAAUAUCUCAGACUGCUGGGGCGGAAGCAGCAAGUCCGCGGCCACUGCGACGAUCAUGCUGAUGGGGGACACCUGUACCAGGGGUUGUCGCUUCUGCAGCGUCAAGACCUCCAAGGCCCCUCCUCCGUUGGAUCCGCACGAACCUGAACACACGGCAGAAGCGCUCUCGCGAUGGGGCCUCGGCUACGUUGUCCUGACCAGUGUCGACCGAGACGAUCUGGCGGAUGGAGGAGCCCACCACUUCGCGGAGACGGUGCGCAAGAUCAAAUCCAAAGCACCAGCUAUUUUGGUUGAAUGUCUCACCGGAGAUUACGCGGGGGACUUGGAGAUGGUCAAACUCGUUGCGACAUCAGGACUGGACGUAUACGCGCACAAUGUUGAGACCGUCGAGGCAUUGACACCCCAAGUGCGGGACCGCCGCGCGACGUUCCGGCAAUCGCUCAGCGUUUUGAAAGCCGCCAAAGCAGCACAGCCUGGCCUGAUUACGAAGACAUCGAUCAUGCUGGGCCUUGGCGAGACCGAGGACCAACUCUGGGAUGCGUUGAAAGAACUGCGUGCCAUCAACGUCGACGUCGUCACUUUUGGCCAGUACAUGCGUCCCACCAAGAGACACAUGCCUGUGCACGAGUAUGUUACGCCGGAUGUUUUUGAGCAGUGGCGCGUUAGGGCGCUGGAAAUGGGAUUUUUAUACGUGGCGAGUGGACCAUUGGUGAGGAGCAGUUAUAAAGCGGGUGAAGCAUUUAUCGAGAAUGUCUUGAAGAAGAGGAGAGCCGGCAGGGGAGACACAGCGAAUGCGGACUUGGCAGGAGCCAUAGCUGUGAAGGAUGUGUCGGUUGGAAAGAUUUGA